AUGGCAUUGAGCCCCAUGGAGCUGGAGGAGCUCCAGGCCAAGAUCAACAAUCUGGUCUCGACGCUUUCUGGUGAGCCGCCCAAGACUCGCAGCCGCAGCCGCGACCGAGAGAGAACCUGGGAUCGGGAUCGCCGGAAAAGCCGGUCUCGCUCGCGAAGGGACGGCCCUGGCACCCUGCCCCGACGCUAUGAAAGUGGCGAGGUCGUUUUGCGAGAACGUGAGGACCGACGGGAUCGGGAUCGGGAACGGGAGCGCACCCGAGACCGGGACCACCGAGACCGGGAUCGGGACCGGAGUGAUGGGUGGCGACGUGACCGUGCCAGCCGAGAUCGCAACCGCGAUUCGCGGAGCAGGCGGCCACCGUCCCGAGAUCGCAAACGAGCACGGGAAGAUGCAGCCGAGCGCUACUCACGGCGAAGCCGCAGCCGGCGGAGAGGAGGCACAGGAAAUUUCUCCGAUGUCCCGCCGCCGACAUCGCUGGCCGGGCCGAGUGAAGGUCCUGCGGCAUCUGCUGCUUCGGGCCGCGACAAGGUGAUCGGAGGGUCUGCUCUGCCUGCCCGCACGCCUUCCCGGCCAUCGAGUGGUGAGGAUUUUCGCCGAGCUGCACAGCCAGCACAAGCCAUAGGUGCAAAGACGAGCGCACCCAUAGGUGCCAGCACCGCCAGCUCGUCAAGCCAGAACGGCUUCAAGGGUAGCCCGCCCGACAAGGCCAAGCCUGCCAGCUCUUCCAAUGCGGAGAGUGGAGGUGUCAGUGCCACUGCUCGUACCGGUUCGGAGGAGCUCGGUGGGCCUGUCUCUGGCUCCCUCCCCUCUCUUAUCCCACACCUCGCCCCGCUCGAGCUCAUGGCCGCUUCGAGCUCUCAAGAUCCGCAGCCAACGUGGCCAAACUAUCCGGAGAUGGUCGACUGCAUGGUCUGCGGAGAGAAGGGUGUCGCCAAGCGACGUCCCGGCUAUCGGAUGACUUGUGCGGACUGCACCAAGUGCCAGGGCCGCUUCUGCGUGACAUGCCGGGGGCCAUGGUUCGAGACCCAUAGUUGCAAGAAGUUCAUCGACGAGUUCGAGCUCUUCAAAGACCUGGAGUGGUUCUUUCGAAAGGGUGAACAGAUCGACGACUUCCGCGAGAAUCUCCAGCCGUUUGGCUACAAGAUGUGCCCUGGAUGCUUCCAACCAGUCAUCAAGGACAACGAGGACGACUGUGACCACAUCUACUGUGGCAAUCCGGCGUGCCGAAUGGAAUUCUGCUGGAAGUGCCUCGCAAAUCGGAAGGUGAUCGAGGUCCAUGGCAACCAUCACCACAAGCCGAAGUGCCCUUACUACUUCGAGUACGAUGGCAAAGACCAGUACAUGCCUGACAAGUGCCAGGUCUGCAAGAAGUAUGGGCGCUGUUGCAGAACCCCGCUGGCGUAUUCGAAGAUGAGCAAAGCCCAACGAGAAGGUUAUCCUCCAGAGGGUUGGACAGCUUACGCUGUCCGAAAGGAAAAGGAGAUGGAGGAGAAGAAGAAGGAGAAGGAGCGCCGCAGGCAACGGCGCGAGGAACGGAGGCAACGGCUGGAGGAGGCUCAGGAAGCAGGCAUCUUCGCAUUUGUGCAGCGCCUGUUCACCCCGAGCGAUGCUCCUGAGUCAGGCUAG